AUGGUUAUAUGCGCGAUUGCGAUCGUAAUCUUUGCGUUGACCUUCUUGCGCGUACUGUCCAACUACGCCCGUCUACGGACGGUUCCUGGUCCUCUUUUCACUGGACUAUGUGACUGGUGGAGGAUAUACAUCCGUAGUAGGGGCAAUUACGGUUAUAUCCUUGAUGGCCUUCAUAAAGAAUAUGGCAAGGUUGUCCGUUUAGGCCCCUAUUCUAUCAGCGUUUCCGAUCCUACCGUCAUCUUACCAGUCCAUAAAGCACAGCCAGGCGAAAGUUCUAUAUUUGAGAAUAAUGCAUCCAUCGUGUUUGCCAAAGAACCGUCGAUUGAUGGCGCGAGAUUUGCCCCUACUGGGAGUAGAUUAACGAGCGAGGCUGUGGGGCGGAUGCACCUGGAAUCGGCAAUGCGAUAUGAAGGCAUUGUUGACGAGCUAGCCAGAAGAUUAAUUGCGCAUCUGAGGCGAUACCCCUUUGUUCAUUUGACUGUUGUCCUUGAAUUCUUUGCGGCCGACUUCGUUCAUCAUCUCAACCCGGAGGAGUGGGCCACACAACACAUGCCAUCCACCGAGGCGGCCGGAAGUUCCUGGCACAAUCACCUAGGCAGGUGGUUGAGGUUACCAAUGAUAGAAUACGCACUACUACAAAGUUCUACAGCCAAGCUGAAAAGGAGUCGGGGUAUUUCAUUGGCUCGCAAGGUCGUCCAGGGAGGAAUGACUGACACGCCAUACCACGCUCUGUAUGAUCAUCCUGCAAGGUCCAACCUCAGUCUUGUCAAGACCUCCCUCAAAGCUGACGGCAGGCUGAAGAAUAUUACUAUGGCGUUUGUUUCAACGUUUUUCUUCCUUUUAGAACACAGAGACGUGAUGACUAGACUCCGGCGCGAGAUAGUCACUGCGCAGGACAAGGGUCUUCUCUCUGACCCACCUCGAUGGAGGGAGCUGGGAAGGCUUCGUUACCUUGAUGCUGUUUUCAAAGAAUCAAUGCGACAGCUAUAUGGCUUGGCCUAUGAUCAUGAGACAGUCGCACCGGCAGAAGGUGCCAUCGUCGCAGGAUGCUAUAUCCCUCCGGGAACCACGAUUGAACUUCACCCGGAGGUUGCACGAAGGGACCCUGGUAUUUAUGGAGACGCCCACCAUUAUCGGCCGGUGCGAUGGCUCAAUGCCGAUCCACAGCAACGAAGGCUCAUGGGUCAAAACUUACUAUCUCUCAGCACCGUUAAUAGUUGCCCAAUGGCUCGAGUUGCUUGGCUGGAGCUGAAAAAAGUUAUCGUCUUAAUCCUUAUAGACUUCAACUUCCAGCUCGUUUCUCCCCGUGAAGAACUAGCCCUAGAUUCCGGAUUUGGCCAGGAUGUGCCACCGUUGAUGGUAUACUGCACGCCACGCCUUGACUGA